AUGUCGUCCAACCUGAUGGACACCGAAAAGGGCGGCGAGCAGACGCAGUAAGACCUGCCAUAUCGCCCUGUGGCUUUCCUUCCAUUGGCAGCACAUCUGACCUGACUUGACUUCUGCUCCAGAUACGAAGCCACCCACGUAGACCAAGUUCCGCACAAGAAAUCUGGCGGUCAGCUCGGGGACUCGGAAACAACCACCGACCCCGGCAACACCGACGGAGCAGCUGAAGCUCGAUCGGCUCGAGGACAAAAGACGGCCGAGAACAUCCGGUAUGGCCAGGCGAUCAGCGAGGGAGGCAUGAGCGGCUUCACGACGGGACAAGCGGGGAGUGCAACGCAGGGAGGGUAUGGGAGGAAGGCGGAUGAGGCAGAGUCGGGCGAUGCGGCGCAGAGCCGACGGGCAGCUGGCUAUGGUGAUGAGCAGGGCCAUGGGGAGGAUAUGAAUCGUGAGGUUGGAGCGUGA